AUGUCAGAGAGUGUGUCCAGCAUGGCCGGGGAAGACAAUGCUGGUCCAGGUGGUGCAGGUGACGAUGGUCGUGCUUGGUUGGAAGUAGAAUCUGAUCCAGAAGAAUUCCAGAAGAUCUUGAGGAAGCUCGGUGCUAAAGGUGUGACUGUUCAAGAGCUCUACGGACUAGAGGACGAAGCAAUCUACGAGUUAACCGGUCAAGUCCUUGGUAUGAUCUUCUUAUUCAAUUACCGUCUGGUUGAUGGAGAAGAGAGUGAGGACAUUCAAAACUGCCCCUCGCAAGUCUGGUUUGCAAAUCAGACUACUAACAACUCAUGUGCCACCGUUGCAAUGCUUAACAUCCUUCUUAAUGUUCCCGGCAUGAGAUUUGAUGCAAACGGCACCGACAUCCUCGGUAACCUCAAAGCUUCAACCGCAAAUCUCAUCCCAGCGGAGCGGGGCCAAGUUCUGUCCGAUAAUGCAUGCAUCCGUCAAAUUCACAAUAGCUCUGCUCGUGAAAUUGACGCCUUGAACGCCUCUCUUCAAGUCCAGCGAGACCAUGACGAGUGGGUCAAGAUUAGUAAAUACCGCAGAAAGUCCAACGGUACCAAACGCAAGAGAGCUAGCAGCGGCAAGACGAAGAAGCCGAAGCAAGAUCUCGAGGAUGCUUACCACUACAUAGCCUACGUACCGAUCGGAAGAGGUGUCUGGAGACUCGAUGGGCUUCUCAAGCAGCCACGUAAUCUUGGACGAUUCGAAGGAGAUUGGACUGCUCUUGCUCGACAAAACGUCUUAGCACGCAUCGCAGAAGAAGAAGAUGUUGAGUACAACCUAAUGGCUUUGUGCGCUAGCGAACAACAGACCGUAGUUCUUCAAAGCCUCAAAAAUGCCGUCUCCAUCGAGAAAAUCAAACAAACUACCCUGGUCUCUUCUGAACAGGUUGCUCACCACUUGAAGUCGGCUGGUAUCGAGCCUUUGCAAGAAUCUGAACUACUUAGCGUAUUCGGAAUCACCAGAGAACAGCUCAAUGAAAACCAGGGCCUCGCUGACGACAUUGUGGAACGUAUGAAGGCCGAGGAUCAUUUGAAGUUAUUGAGACAACUCAUUACAGAGCAAAACGAUCUCAAGACCACCUUCGUCGAGAGACUGAAGUACGACAUCCAAACAAGCAAUGGGGUAGAAGACACUAAGGAAGAGGACUUGACAGAUGCUACAUUCAACAUCAUCAAAGCUUUGGUUGACGCUGGUAUGAUCGACGCGAAGGUUGGGAGGCGUUGA